GUUGACUGGACCCCGACCGAACACACUAUUCGCCUCCUGAUUCUUCGCAAUGACAGCCGCCAUAGAUGAUGGGGCAGUAAAUCGGGAAAAAACUUGUCCGCUCCUCCUUAGAAUGUUCUACAGUUCCGUGAAACACAAUAAUGCCUUGGAAUAUUCACGUGGCCGCACCCCGAACAAUGAACUUCAAGUUUAUACCUGGUUGGACGCCACAUUACGCGAAUUAGCUUCCCUGGUGAAACAGGUCAAUCCGGAAUCACGCAAACGUGGCACCACCUUCGAUUUUGCCCUCGUCACUCCGGACAGUCGUUCUCCCGUCUAUCGGAUGCGCGAAAUCGGUGUGGUGUGUGCCGGGUCUCCAUCGGACACUGAUCGCAUCAUGCUACGGGACUGUCAGUUCAUCAUCGGCGAUAUGAUUGACGUCGCUAUUACUCCUGCUCCAGCACCUGCAGUGGAACAACCAACGUAUUACUCGGCCGCCGCAAACCCCAUUGAUGUCGGUGGCCGUGUGCCACGUCGGAACUCACCAUACUCUCGUGGACGUCGUGAUGGCUUCUCUCGCCCGAUUGAUAGAGGAGGGCGGUUUGAGAGGUCUGGUUUGGAUGACACUCGCAGGACUGUUAUCGACACCACUGCACGAGAACGGCGAGAUGACUACCGUCCUGGAGGCAGCAGACGUCGUGAGCGAUCGGGCAGUGAUAGGCGCCCGCAUGAAACAUCGACAAGUCGGACAAAUCGUCGAGUUGUCCCAUACUAAGCUAUCGAAUACGCCAAGACGCUUUGUACCAUAUUAUUUGUCCGCAGCGUUAUAAUGAUGGUUGUUUUUAUUACAUCUUUGCAUGAGAUAAUGUUUGUUUCCCUGUGUCGG